AUGUCGAACAUAAAUAUCAUGAUAAGCAAAUCCAUUUAAAAAUUAAGAAAUCAUAAGCGAAUAGACAAUCAAAAAAAACAUUCUUUAAUCAAUUUGGUAAUCUAAGAGAGUUUAUCAACGAGAUAAGUAAUAAUUUAUAUAAUUUUAGGCAGCAUAGAAGCUAUAAAUUAAAUAUUCCACAGCUAAGUACAUUGUGAAGAAUUUUAAAAAUAGAGGAAGUAAUUUAGAUGAGCAUACACAACAUUAAAGCAAAUAAAAAUCAAUGGUGUCAAAUGUAAGUAUUAUCAUAGAUGUUUCUGAUGGAAAUAUUGCUCUUGUAAGAAAUACUUAAAAACUGUGUUAUUGUGAUUUCCUCUCUCUGAAGGAGGAACUUAAAAAUAACAAUUUACUUUAAACUUCAGAGUUAAUUUUUUAAAAGUUAGGGAAAAUUCCUUGGAAUAAAAUAAAUUACAAAGACUGUCGAGACCCUGAAUUUUUAAAAGCCUAUCUACUUAAAUAACAUCGACUUAUGAAAAAUUCAUGA